UGUCUUAUUUCUGUAUUUUCAGGACAUUGAGUAUGCCAAUAACUACCAGGCAACAUGUACUCUUAUACAGACUCAGAAGUUUAUAGAGCCACUAAAUGCCAGAAGACUAGAGCAUGACCGAGUGAGGAAAGGUAUCAAAGAACAAUGGGCCAAGGAGAUAAAGAAAAUGCAAGAUGCAAUAAGUAAUUUACGGAAGGCCCGCUCACAGUACAUUGCUAGACAACAGGAAUAUGAAAAAGCCAAAGAAGCUUCACAGAAAGCUGAGACAGACACACUGCAGACCAGUGGGGGCUUGGGAGGGUCAGCCAAAGUGGACAAGAAAAAGAAAGUAGAAGAAGAUGCUAUGAUCAAGGCAGCUGAGGCGGAGACUACAUAUAAAGCUUGUGUUGUAGAAGCGAAUACAAGACAGCAAGACCUUGAAAAGGGAAAGGGAGAGAUUCUAACUCAGAUAAGGGAACUGAUAUACCAGUGUGAUCAAACUAUGAAAGCAGUCACAGUUGGCUACUUUCAGCUGCAACAUACUCUGUCUGCACCAGCUCCUGUGCAGUACCAGACCCUGUGUGAGAGCUGUAGACAGUAUGAACCAGGCACUAGGUAUGCGGAGUUUGUCAAGAGGUUGCCAAACUCCAGCCAUGCCAGAAGCACACAAGAUGUGUUUGUGUUUGAACCUUAUACUCCAGAGAGGUUUUUUGAACAACGGAAGAGAAGCAGUCAGUCUUCCUCAGAACAAACUCUUCCUGGUGAAGAUGGCUUUUCCCCAGGCAAAUACUCAGAUAAAUCUCGCACACCCCAGCCACUGAGAGCAUGGGGUCAGCAAAUACAAGGCAGUGACACGGAGAGUGCCAGUGGCGGGAGCAGCAAGUCACAUGACUCCUCGCCAUCUGCUAGUCCACAUGAUAUGAGGAAGAAGAUUGGUCUCAGCUCUUCCAUGGAUGAGUUGGCAGAAGAUGACAAGGAUAUUGAAUUGGAAAACAGACUUUCCAGCAGUUUGAACAUCACAUCCUUCAAAGGCAGUGCAUUAUCUAAAGCAGCACAGACACAUUCUUUUAGAAAACUGCGGUCGCCAUCAAAAUGUCGUGAGUGUGACAGCUAUGUCUACUUCCAGGGAGCAGAGUGUGAAAAGUGUGGUCUCGCUAGUCAUAAGAAGUGUCUUGAGAUUCUCAGCAGUCCAUGUGGCCAUCGGUCAGUGGAGAGAAGGAUGACCAUGUUUGGUGUGGACUUCAAUGACCACCUCCAGGAGACGCAGUCUGACAUCCCCUGUGUGGUGGCCAAGUGUAUCCUGGAGAUUGACAAGAGGGGAUUAGACACCAAGGGUAUUUACCGUGUGUCUGGUGUGAAAUCGAAAGUGGAACGCUUGUGUCAAAGCUUUGAAAAUGGUGCUGAAACAGUUGACCUCAGUGACCAGCAUACUAAUGUUAUAUCAAAUGUACUCAAGCUUUAUUUAAGACAACUCCCACAGCCACUCAUCACCAUAAGUUUAUAUCCUGAACUGAUGAAACUGGCAAAGGAAGAAACAGGGUCUUCUGGGGAGCCAGCUGACAAGAUGGUUAUACUACGACUUCGAGAACUAGUCACAUGCCUGCCAAAAGCAAACUUUAAGACCCUCUCUGUCAUAUUACAUCACUUGAAAAGGGUAUCUGAUGAAGAGGAGUUGAACCAGAUGUCAUCAAGUAAUUUGGGUAUUGUGUUUGGACCGACUCUACUGCGGCCUAGUGAAGGGACAGCCUCUCUGAACUCAUUAAUGGACACUCCACACCAGAGCAGAAUUAUAGAACUUCUUAUUGACAAUGUUGAGGAUAUUUUUGGGGCGUCCCCACCCUUAACCAGUGAGACCCCAAUAGAAAAGGUCAGGCUGGGGUCACAACAUGAGGUCAAACUGGGGUCACCUGCCACGUCCUCUAUAGAUGGUGCCAGAGCCAACAGCACCAAGCAAACCAGAGCUGAUGUAUCAAGUGACAGCAUAGAAGAAUCAUUUCUGCAAUCCAAAGAGGGAAGUCAGAGGAAGGAGAGUCUGAAGCACAUAUUGCUCCCUGGCAGUACAGAAAUACAGAGUCCAAGAGAAAGUGUGGAUGAAAAUGAGAAAACAGAAAGUGAGGAAGAGUUAGCAACUGAUCCAGAUUGUUCCUUCACCACUGAUUUGGAGUCAGAUGAUGAACUGCCUGACACCCUCCUACCCGACAGUUCUGCACCCUCCCCCACACCUCCCAAAGUGCACUCCCCCCUUGCACGUAUUGCAGGUGUGUCAUCCAGCUCCAAGUCCACCAAAGCUGUUUCAACAAGUGCAUUACAGUUGGCUCAGACACAAACUCUCCCUACAAAGACACCUAGUAUGUUAUCAGCAGAGUCAUUUGAUUCACCAGGAGUGAAAACCCGCAGCACAUCCUUGCAGAUUGGCACAAAGGAGGCGUCGCAGGAAGAUAAAAGGCGUUCUUUACCCUCUGAUGUGCUAAGUAGCAGAGAGAGUUCUACUGGAAACCCCAACAGGUCAUCAUUGUUUAUGGACCUAGGAGGGCCUAUAGACUUUGGUCACCAUCGUAAUCUUUCUAUUCAGACGGGGCGCAUGUCGCCAGGGCAGUCAGGAAGUGUGUCCUCCUCAACUGGUGGAAAGCAGUCAGCCACUCAGGGCACUGGACGGAGCUUGCCUGCUGGCCAAGGCCGGCAAUCCCCAGUGACCAGUGGUUCUUCCUCCAAGGGAAGCCAGGCCUUAAUCCCUAGUCAGCGUAGUAUCACAGACUCUUCCAGUAAAAGUCCCAGUAAACAGUCCCCAAGUAUAAAGCAGCCCCUUCUUCCUACCACAGUGUACACAGUCCCACCAAACAGGGGCGCUGCCACCACCGUCACCACCACUAGCAAACCAAAGAGCAGUCCCUCUUCUUCUACCAAAUUCUCCCCUUCAUCAAGAUCAGUGUUUUAUGCCGGAGAUAUGGUGACAGAGGUACCAAGCAGAUCCACUUUCUAUGCACAAGAACUGGUUGAUAUUCCAGUGGAGCCUGAGCGAGGAAUAGAACGGGGCACAUCUGCCUAUAGUUCGGGUAGCAGUAGUAAUGGGUCUUCAUCACCAGGUGGCGCUAAAGCCAUCAAGAGAGAACCAAGAUAUGUUUGAAUUAUUUCAACAUGUAGCGUUGAAUAAGGAUGAGACCACAGUUAUGCAGUUGAAAUUUUAUUUUUGAAGUUUAUUCCUUGUAGGAAUAAUUAAAUUAAACAAGUGGUGGAUAUGUGUAAAAGCAUGUUUAAUUUUUGACUAAGUCACAGAUAAAAAAAAAUCUGGCCAAACUGAAGAGUUUGUUUGAAAUAGCCACCAUGUGGCUUCUGUGAUUUGAGAUGUCAUAUAUGCUACAUUAAGCAAAUUGGCAAUUAAGUUGUCAAGUAUAAGGCAAGGAAUCCAGGACUUGCCAUUGGUGUUGUGUCAUUUGCAGAUUUUGUUUCUUGUUUGACUGAGAUCCCAGUUUAGUGGCACUCUACUGAAGUAACAGUGUGUGGGAUAUGAUUUUUGAAAUGUUUCUUUGACUGAAUUAGAUUAAAUUUGUAAUUUUGCAUAGAUUUGAUCUUUUAUACUCUUCUGGAUGUUAAAGAAAGACAUCUUUUAAAUGUAAAAGGGCAUUGAAGGAUUAUUUUAUCUGCCUUUUAAUGUUAAAUUCAUUUACGGUUUUUGUUUGAAUAUAUUUGCCGACAAUAAGCCUUGUGAAUGUGCUUGUUUCUUAGACGAAAUUUUAAGAGAUAUGAAAUUUCAAGCUUUGAACAAAUGUAUGAAAAUUGAUAACAAUAAAAUGGAUUUCCUGCAAAAUUUUAUUUUUGCCAAUACCAAGACAGGUUCUUAUGUGGAAGUGAAGGCAAUAUGCUAAGCUUGAGCUGGUACAAAUAUUUCAAACAAAUAAACAUACAGCAAUGGCAUGUAAAAAUUUCUUUUUCACAGAAAUAUCUGUCAUUUGUGAAGAAACUGCAUGGUCUGUUGUACAAAUUAGACGUUAAGUUGAAAUUAUUGUCUCGUUGGAAAAUUGAUGAAGAACAGUGUUGUCAAAAUAGAUUUAAAGUACAAGUUAGAUAUUCUAAUACAAGGCAAGUUUUGUCUAUGAUCUGCAUAGGCAGUUUACAUGUACCAAAGGCAUCUAAGAUAGAAACAGUAUUAAGCUUGGAAGUUCACACAGUGGCUAGCUGGGUAUUUCUUUUUGGUUUGGUAUACCACACAGUGUAGGGCAGUAUUAAACCGAUACUUACAAUUUUAUAUGCAAAGCAUGAUUGUGAUGUAACUGUUUCUUUUUUACUGGUUGAUAUAUAGAUUACAAUUGUUUUACAUGCUGUUGCAAUAAGUUAUAUUGUAUAUUUAGUGUAUUCUCUACUACUGUCAAUACUUUAUUUACAUGCACUGCGGUAUAUUCUGCGUGUGCAUUGACUAUUGCUGCAAUAAAUUUUACUAUUAUGAUCUA